AUGGAAGAGGAAGACCCGAGACCGCAGUCGCCCGAGAAAUACAUCACGCCGAAAACUCAACGUGCGUAUACAAGUGGAGAGCGACGAAUCAUAUUAAAUGUUUAUGCAGUUUUGCGGAGAGAAAAUCCAGAUAUGUCAAAGAGAAAUGUUGCUGAAAGAGUUGGAGUCUUGACAGGGUGUGGUAGAUCAACUGUAGAACGGCUACGAAAGGAGUUUGAUGAAGGACCUCCUGUAACCCCCGGGAAGAAGAGACCACAUCAAGUAGGAAAACGAACGAGGAUGGAAAAAUUAACCGACUUUGAAAAGAACGGAAUAAGAAGAAUAGUGCACUCGUUGUAUAGGGAGAAUAUUCCACCAACAUCAGACAAAAUAGCUGAAAUGAUAAACGCCGAUGCUGAUCUCCCAAAUGUAAGUGCUCGUACAACGAGAAAACUUAUGAACGAUCUAGGUUUUAAGUUCGUGAAAAGGCAGCGGAAAUCGAUCCUUAUUGAAAGAGAGGACAUAGUGCAAUGGAGAAGACAAUAUCUAAUCAAAAUAAAAGAGUAUAGAGAGCAAAAGAAAAAUAUAUUCUACUUGGAUGAAACUUGGUGUAAUGCUGGUCAUACUGUAAAAAAAGCUUGGACACCAACUUACAUUAAAUCAGCGAAGCAAGCGUUUUUGGAUGGAGAGACAACAGGACUUAAGGACAUACCAGGAAAAGGUGGACGGUAUAUAGUUGUUCACAUUGGAAAUGAGAACGGGUUUUUAAAAGACCCCACCGACCCCACAAGUAACAAAGACGCUCGCUGGGUUUACAGAGCAAAAAAAACAGCAAACAUGCAGAACGCUACGCACCACGACGAAAUGAAUGCUGCAGCAUUUGAAAGUUGGUUUACGGGCAUUUUACACCUACUACCCUCUGAUAGUGUAAUUGUAAUGGACAAUGCUUCCUACCACAGACACAUUCGACAGGCGGCGAAACAGUACAAAAUUGACAAAUUAGCGGAAGAGUGUGGCCAUUGCGUUUUGCGUCUACCCCCGUACCACUAUGACUUAAACCCUAUUGAACUAGCAUGGGCAAAAGUAAAGAGUGAAGUUGCAAGAAACAAUACAGACUACACACUGAAAUCUGUCGAAACUCUCCUAAGCAACGCCCUCGACAGAGUUUCUUCUGAAGACUGGAAAAAGUUCGUCGCUCAUGUCGAAAACGUCGAAGAAAUGAUGUGGAAAAUGGACUUAAUCUCUGAUGAGCUUCAAGAUAGAAUAAUCGUUUUAGACGCAGGGAAUGAUGCUGAUUCAGAAGAUGAAACGUCUUACAACACCGAGACCGAUGAAGAAGAUGACUUCGACGGUUCGUGGGACGAUUUGGCACUUCCUCUACACCCUUAA